AUGUCGAACAUCACACAGUUAGUAGACGAAAACGCAUCGCAGCGGACGCUGGCGCCCGCCGCUGUUGGCACGCAGGUCGCUCUUAUGAGCGUCGUUUCGGUUGCUACUGUACUCAUCUUUAAUGUCCUGCGUCCACGCAACAAGAUCGUUUAUGAGCCCAAAGUCAAAUACCAUGUCGGCAACAAGCGUCCCCCUCGGAUGUCAGAUUCGUUGCUCGGCUGGCUACCCCCACUGCUACAUACGAAGGAACCUGAGCUAGUCGACAAGAUUGGUUUAGACGCUGCUAUCUACCUGCGCUUUCUCCGCAUGUUCCGACUGCUGUUCACUUGUAUUGCUCUGCUCUGUUGUGUUGUGCUACUUCCCGUGGAUAUCACCUACAACCUCCGCUAUGUCAAUCCCGGGGCGCGCGAUGUGCUUUCAAUCUUGACUAUUCGCGAUGUCCAGGGGCCACUGCUCUUUGUGCAUGUUGCGGCCACAUAUGCGAUUACUGCGCUCGUGAUGGGCUUUGUGUGGCACAAUUGGCGUCAGGUUGUGCGGCUACGCCACGACUGGUUUCGCUCCCCGGAGUACAUGCAGUCAUUUUACGCGCGGACGUUGAUGGUGACGCGAGUGCCGAAGAAGUUCCAAUCGGACGAAGGAAUCCGUGCCAUCUUCCAGUCCAUGCAUAUGCCAUAUCCCACAACCUCAGUCCAUAUCGGGCAUCGUGUCGGUCGGCUUCCGGAGCUCAUCGAGUUCCAUAACAACACCGUGCGGGAAUUGGAACAUGUUCUUGUCCGAUAUCUCAAGGAUGGACACAUUGCCAAAGAGCGACCACAGAAGCGGCUGGGCGGAUUUCUCUGCUGUGGUGGUCGGAAAGUUGAUGCCAUUGACUACUAUAUUGGUCGACUGCAACGAUCGGAGGAUGCAGUCGAAAAAUAUCGCGCCUCGUUCGAUCAUCGACAGGCAGAAACUUAUGGUUUUGCAUCCAUGGCUGCCGUUCCCUAUGCGCAUAUAGUCGCCAAUCUGCUCAGGAACAAGCAUCCGAAGGGGACCACUAUCACGCUUGCGCCUAAUCCCAAGGACAUUGUUUGGAAGAAUCUGGGAUUGACAAAGGCGGAGCUCGCUCGGAACCAGACCAUCGGAUGGACCAUUCUAGUGUUUGUGUGUUUUGCAAACACGAUCCCUCUGUUCGUCAUUUCCAUUUUGGCGAACUUGGCCUCGCUGACCUCCUAUGUGCCAUUUCUGGCAAAAUGGUCCUCUGCGUCACCUGGAACUUUCACAUUCAUCUCUGGUGUACUGCCACCGACCGUCUCUGCGCUAUUCGGUUAUGUACUGCCCAUCAUCAUGCGCUACCUCACGAAGUACAUGGGCGCAUACACCCAUUCACGACUUGACCGCGCUGUUGUUGCACGCUAUUUUGCCUUCUUGGUCAACUCCCAGCUGAUCAUUUUUACGUUGAUUGGUGUCAUCUUCAAGUCCGUGUCGAAUAUCGUAGAGCAAGUCGGCCACCAUGAGGGUAUCAAGACAAUCAUUGAAAACCUGCAUACCUUGCCCGAUACCAUCAACCAGACAUAUAUUGACCAAUCUUCGUAUUGGCUAACGUAUUUCCCAUUGCGUGGCUUCCUUAUCCUGUUCGACUUGGCACAGAUCAUCAAUCUGGUGGUGAUCUUCGUCAAGAAGCGUCUCUUUGGUCGCACCCCACGUGACGUUCGGGAGUGGACUCAACCUCCAGAGUUCCCGUAUCCUAUCUACUAUUCCAACUUGCUACUCAUGGGAACAGUGGGCCUGUUCUUUGCACCAUUGGCGCCGCUGGUGGCUAUCGCUGCCAUGGUUGUUUUCUGGCUUAGCUCCUGGGUCUACAAAUAUCAGCUUAUGUUUGUCUUCGUCUCCAAGGUCGAAACCGGUGGCCGUCUCUGGAAUCCAGUCAUUAAUCGGCUGCUCGUCUCUGUGAUUUUGAUGCAGCUGUUGAUGGUUUUGACGAUCGGUCUCCAGUAUAAAUUCAAGUCUUUGUACUGGCUAUCGACCCUUCCACCGAUUUUGGCCAUCUUCUUCUUCAAGAUCUACUUGAACCGCAAAUUCCUUCAGGCGUUCCAGUACUAUAUCCCGUCAGAAGAAGAGCUUCGCGAGGCGUAUGUGCACUCGCAGCGAGCAGACAAUGCUGGAAACAAAUUGGAGAAACGUUUCGGUCAUCCUGCGCUCAAUGCCGACCUUUUCACUCCGAUGGUCCAUGCUCACAUGACUCACCUCCUGGCUGAUGUGUUCCAAGGGAAGAUUGGUACGACGAAGACAAAACUUGACGACAUAGGAGGCAAAGUCAACGCUGCUGUCGUUGCUGGUGGGGUCAAAAUUGCUGCCAUCGACGAGCGUGAUCUCGAAUAUGAUCCAGCGCUGUACCAGCGCGACCGUGGAGAGUUAGACUGGGACCAACGCUCUAUGUCGUCCACGAAUCUGCUACAGCAGGACAACGGCUCUAGAGCACAGUUAUACGCAAACAACGGCCGUGCAUCGCCUGCGCCUUCGAAAAUGGCCAAUUACGACGCCUAUCUCGCGAAUGGACCGCAACCAGAAAUCGAGAUGAUACGACUUGAUUAUGAUCAACAACCGUUGUUGACCUCAGCACAGGCGCCGGGCUACUACGAGCCUAAUGCGAUGGCCAGUCAAGCAAGCUUUGGUAUACCGCCCGGUGCGAUGGCUAGUCAAGCACACUUUGGUUUACCGCCCAACGCUAUGGCUAGUCAGUCAAGCUUUGGGCAGUAUGGAACGCCGACCAUGGAGACGGCGCCGCCCAUGCCAUCCAUGCCAAUCCCUUACCAACAGCAACAUCAGGAGGGCAAUCGACAGGCCCCCAUUCAUCGGCCGUACCCACCCAAUCGCGAGAGUUCAUGGCAAUGAGGCAAGUGAUCUGUCCGUGAUCCCCUGUCCGUUGCCGUUGUAUUGUUUUUCCCUCGCUGCGUUGCUGUGUUGGGUCGAUCUUUAUUGUCUUCAACGUUCGCUGUAUAUUUUGCUUUACUUACGGAUGACGGAUGCUCCUUCAUUAUCCCAUGGUUGUGGUAGUAAGACUAGGGGUACAUGCGUACGUGAUCACGGACACCUACUCGCAUAUGUAUAUCGGUAGAUAUCAUGAUAAUUCGGACCAAACUAUCACGCACACAUAUGUUCCCAGUGACACAUUGGAAUUAACAUCUGUACAUGGAUUUGCUU